AAAAUGCUGCUAAAGUAACGAAAGGUUAUGAUGAAAAUAUGGAUCCUCUGUCUGUUGACACUAAAAUAGAACCUAAUGAGAAUAAAAAAGAACACAAUGAAAUGGACAGCUGUGACGGCAAUAAACCAACAGCCGUACCAAAAGUAAGCAAAAGAGUCAGAGUAAAACGGAAAAAGCUGUCACCAGCCGAAGAAAAAGAAUGGCAAGAAAGAGAGAAAGAAUGGCGGAGAAAACACAAUAGAAAACUAAUGUUACAAAGAAAAAAGCGGGCGAAAAAUCGACCAACCCCACGACAGACUUUCGAUAAACUCACAGAGAAAUUAAACCCGUUAGCCAAAGAAUUCAUGUGGAUGCAAAUAAAAAUGGCGCCCUAUUUGGAUGGUAGAGAGAAAAGGUUCCGAUUCACGCUGCAAGAAAAGUUGUUAGCGCAAGCGAUUCAAGAAAAAAGCGAGAAAACGUACAAGUUUCUGCAACAAAUAUUCAUAAUGCCGUCUCUGAAAACUCUGAAGCAGAUGAGAGCUAAAGCGAUGGGCGAUCCAAAUUUCGCGUCGGAAAUUCUAGAAUUGCUAAAAGAUGAUGAGGAUGCACCGGAUCAAACAGAAUUGGAAGAGGCGGUUAGUCACAUACAAACAGUUGGUGAAAUCGAGGAGUAGCGUCCUUUAAUAAUUUUGUCGACACACUAAGAAGUAGAAUAGAUACUAUUCAAAUAGGCUGUCAAAAACUAAUGUGCAGUUCAUUUUCUGUAAUUUUACUGUUUUAAGUAAUUAUUUAUGUACCUAAGUAUUAAAGACUGAAUACAAGCGUUAUUACAUAAUA